GGGCUCCGGCCCCGGGCGGCGAGCCGGCCCGACAAAUAACCGCGAUAAGCUGGUUGUCCGUCGCGGGGGCCGCGCGGGGCCUCGAAUGCCUCGAAGUUACGAGCGUGGAGCUGGGUAAUUUGCGCGCUUUUCGUUUUCAGCAGCGAGGUCCCGCUGUCCCAGCCCGCUGCGGUGUUUGGCUGUGGGUAGGAGCAGCAGGGAUGUGCGGGAACCGGCCGGCCGCGCCGGAGGCAACACGGAGCGGGACCGUGCCAGGGAAGAGCUCUUGCAGAAAUGAUGGGGCACGAUUUUUUUUCCUAAGGUCUAACAUUCACAGAAUCGAUUCACUAUGCAAAGAAUCAAAUAUAAGAAGAAAUAGCAAGGCUUUGUAAGUGAUAAAAUUAAUUUAGAAGUGGACUGGGAAGCGUCUGCCGCUGCCUGGGAAGCUGUGGGAGACAGAAGCCCAGGUACAGUCGCUGGAGCCAGAGCGUCCUCAAUAACCACAUCCCUCCUCUGGGUGAAAUGGGGCUGGGGUGGGCGCAGAAAGCACUGAACCUGCCCUGACGUGGGCUCGUUCGGCUCCUAAACGUUAUUCCCUGUGACCCCGCGAUUAAUACUGGGGAUUGAAUUACUUCCCAUCUAUCAUGCUAAACUGCCAGCUCUGUACAAGUUUCCUUGCAGAUAAGGAAGGAAAAUUGAAUUUGGGAAGUGUGCUCGUUUGAGCCGUUCCCAUUGCCUGGUGCUGCAGCUGGGGCUGGCUCUGGGGAGACAGAUUUACCGACUGCAACAAAUCAGAGUAAACGAACCUGAGUCACAGUUACACCGGCAGCUGAAGGGCAUGGUGAGGGAAGAUUUAACUUGAGCUUUCAAGGCAGUUAGAGAAGGACAGGGAAAAGGAGAUUAAAAGGCAGGUCUCUGUGAACAGAAGAGAGUAGUUAAAAAUGCUGUUUAAUUCUCCGUCCCUUCUCCUACGAGUGAAUGCUUGGAUUCCUGACUGCUCCCUGGGAGGUGCCUGCAGAGAGGAAAACUCAGACUUCUGGAGCUGGAGACUUUCUCCUGGUACAGAAGCAGAAUUGGAGCAAAGGGAUCUUGUUAAGCGCUCUCUUCUGAAAGCGGCUGCUCACUGUAAGAAACCAAGAUGCCCUUUAAGAAAAGGAUCCCUGUCCAGGACAAAUGACAGAGCACCACAGAUAAGUUCCAGGGUGCCCCGCUGACGAGCGAGACAUGCAGUAGGAGCAGGCGCUUCCCGUCGGAGGGUGAUGCUCGUUGGUGCCGCACGGCCCAGCGCACAACGGAGAGAGCGGCACGGGAGAGGCCAAGAGAUGCACCGAGUCGGCUGCCUCCUCGCAGGACUUGUCUUCAUCCUCGGUGUGAUCGGCACGGGCGGUUUUGCCCCGGCAGGCCGUCGAGUCUGCGCCACGGAGCCGCGGAGCCGGCUGGCCGCCGUGCCGGAGUCCCACGUGCAGCCCGUCUACCAGCCCUACCUCACCACGUGCCAGGGGCAGCGGCUCUGCAGCACCUACAGGACCAUCUACAAGGUCGCCUACCGGCAGGCGUACAGGCAAGUGCCCCAGCCCGCGGCCUCGUGCUGUCCCGGCUGGAGCCGAGCUAGCGGCCACGCGCUCAGCUGCAACAAAGCUCUCUGCUGGGUGCCGUGCCAGAACGGUGGGAGCUGCGCCUUCCCCAACAGAUGCGCCUGCCCGCCGGCGUGGACGGGGCCAACCUGUGAGACAGACGUGGAUGAGUGCGCCCGCCGGGGCCACGGCUGCAGCCAGCUCUGCAUCAACACGGCCGGGAGCUACCACUGCGCCUGCCGCGCCGGCUUCAGCCUCGCCGCCGACGCCAAAGCGUGCCAGCCUGCGGCGCUGGCCCCCAAACCAGAGCCAGGCGUCGCCAGCCCGGAAGGUCCAUCCAGUGAAAUGAAGGAAGAAAUGAAAGACUUGAAGAACAGGGUGGAAGCACUGGAGCAGAAGCUCCAGUUGGUGCUGGCCCCCUUCCAUAACCUCAUGCCAUCUGCGCCAGACGACGUGGGCACAGACCCCAUCAGCCGGCUCUCCCACUCCCUCCAACAACUGGACAGAAUUGACUCCCUGAGCGAGCAGAUCUCCUUCCUGGAGGAGCGGCUGGAGACGUGUUCCUGCAAGAAUGAACUCUAGCCAAAUGUCUGAGGAACUGGGGCAAGCAGAGUUCAUCCGUACUGAUCUCCCCAGCCAGCCCAAGGCUGGGAGCGAAGUCACAUCAUGCACGGGAAGACACAGGGUAACAGGAGAAAGCUGGUUUCCCAUCAGUAUCUCCAUCUUUUCACCUUCAAACUCACCUUAUUGAAGAUCGUGCAGCUACUUCCAAACUGGACUUCUAACCCUUGGCAUCUCACCCCAUUCUGCUGGAGCAGCAGAGAAUAAAAGAGAGAAUAAAAGCCUUACCUUGUGCCAUUA